AGCCAGGCCCCAACCGUAGUUCCUCGUUGAGCGGCCACCAUGCUGUACCUCUCUCCGUGCUCCGGUCACCGUCACUCAAUUUUUAACAUUUUUUUUGCAUAACAGGCAACAUUGUUUUUCUAACCUACAAUUGACGGGGCAUUAGAAACAUUACGGAGUUGAACCAAAUGACAAGAAGAUUUCUUCAGAAUUUUUCCAUGGGAAAUUUCACUGAAAAAUUUCCGUACGGAUUGAAGAACGGAAAUGGCGCCUAGAAGACAUAAAUUUGGCGACCGGUGAUGGUGUCAGCAAUCCACGUGGGUCCCCAAUAGUUGCAGAAACCCUUGGGAAAAAAAAUAUAUAGGGGUCCACUCCCAAACAUGCGACUCAGUCCCAUUGUAUUUUCAGCGGGCCUCGCCGUGUUGGGCGGUCGUACCGCCUGGGCAGAUGUCCCUCCAGCCCACACCAGUGAAUACGAGGCGAUGAUGAUCGCCGCAGCAGCAGCCGGUGUAACCACCGGUACGACAACGAUGAAAACAAUUGGAUUUAUGCGAAGAAGUCGCACGGAACUGUCAACAGAAUUUUUUGUCAUUCCUGAUGUUAGUGAGGGGAGUGGGAAUGGUAGUGUUGGCAGUGUGGCAAGUGUUAUCAGUGUACCACCACCGAACAGAACGAUCUCUAUUAAUCAUCCAACGAGAAAUGUCGGAUACGCUGAUGACGGAAGAUUCACACCGGGUGUCACUGUCAACGCACCUUAUUAUCAAAAUAUUUUGAGGGAUAGAUCUUGGGCUUUACCGCUCGCUGCUUUCAGUGCAGCGGUUAUGCUGCUCAUGGCGGUCUUCGAGAUUUUUGUUUUGUUUAAGGCUCGAGCAGCAGCUCCCAACAGGCGUCACCUGUUUCUCGGCCAAGCUCUCCUCCUAGGAUUAUUCAUGCUGGCUGGAUUAUCAGCUGCGGCUUCACUCGCUCCAAAUCCACUAUCAUGUGCAGCCUUUAGACUGGUUGGAUUGCCAGCAGCUCUAAUAUUUGCUGCUCUACUCGUCAAGUGCGUAUUUCUGCUUUCUCUCAACAGUGGAAUAUAUCUCCCGGCGCCUUAUCAGGCCCUCGUUCUACUCUUCGCUGUGCUCGUUCAAGUUGCAAUUGUCGGUCAGUGGUUUUACGGUGAAAUACCGGACGUCAUUCGACCGUGUAUCAUUGGGACAAAGAAAUUGCAAACAGUGUCGAGUAUUCAGUCUCAAUUCACGUGCUGUAGGACACCUCUUGGACAAACUAUCGCUUCAUUAGGCUAUCCUGCGAUUUUACUGAUCGCCGUGGCAGGUUUGGCAAUACGAGCACGUGGAAUCCGUGACAAUUACCGAGAGGCUGCGUUCAUCGCUAUAGCAGUGGGUCUGACAGUCCCAAUCUGGUUGACAAGUGCAAUCGGAGCACUAAUUGCCAAUGAACUUGAUCGAGAGGCAUGGUUGGCCUAUGGCCUCCUGUCCACGUCUCUCGUUCUCUUCCUCACCAUGUUCCUGCCUAAGGGACGUCAGCUGGCAGCUCUGGGGCGCGAGGGACCCGGGGGAAUAUCCACUGUCGUGAUGAGGAACGACAGAAUUGGUGGGAGGAGAGAUAGGGAUGACGAUCGUCUGAGCUCUUUACCUGGGAGUGGAUACUCCUUCUUUCAUUUCAAACCUGCCGAGGGGGGCUCAUUCAAACGGAAAGUGGAUUAUCAUAGCACAGAUCGUAUUGCAUUGGUGUCUUCGGCGAUACCCGGAUGUAAUGCCUGCAGACAUGGCAACAGUCCUGUUUACUCGGAUGAUAUGCAGGGGCCACCUUUGGAGACGUUUGUGUUACCACAUGGAAUGUAUAUACCAGAUUCAGAGCUGAAUGCUGCCAAUCUGUACACGACACUCUCAGCAAAUCCCAAUGUGUUCUUCCAACGCGCUCAUCCUGGCAUGAUUUACUGAUAAUUAGUGUACAGUGGAGUGGGAUAUUGUUUCAUAUGAAGAGUCAUUAUGCUUAAUGGAUGAAUGUUUUUAUUUUUUGUACUUUUAUAUGCCCAUGUAUGUCGUAUGAGACUUAGGAGUUCAGUAAAGACGUGAUAAAGAUA